UGCUGGAUGGGGAGGAGGCGUGUGGAAACCAGAGCGAACGCGCGCCGCUUUGCACAGCGUUAAUUCCGUAACCCGGGUUCUGGGUUUUCAGGCCCAAAGAGCUUGUAUCUGGAGCCCCUCCGACCUCGCAGGACCCUACGGCAGCGUGCGGACCCUCUGGCUGUCAGCCUGGCUUCCUGCCCCUAGUCGUCUGUGGUUUCUGUGGAGGGUGAAGUCACUAACUGGCCCCCCCGUGGGCAGGUCCUCCGGAAAGAAAGCCGGAGUGGGUUGGCCCUCUGGUGUUUAUGUGCCUGGGUGCCCUCGCUCCUGGGUCAGCUUGGUUCUCCUUCCCUACCCGGAGAGGGCGAGCCCAACAAGUGGGCCUCGAGUGCCCAGGGCAGCCGCAACGGAUGUUCUGAGGAGUAAGAACUCACCUGCGGACAGAAGACAGAUUUAUUACCUGCCUACCCACCCACAGGUCCUGCCCUGUGGCACCGCAGCAGCGGAUUUCACGGUUACUCUCCAAAAACUCAGGUUUGCCCUCCUCGUCUCAGAAGUGGGGAAACAGACCCCCAGGUAGGGUGUGACGUUUUUCCAGGUACUUCAUGGUGUUCUCCUCUAGCUUGUCCAAACCACUGCUCUACACAGCUGCUGAAACAUGGGGGAAAACGAGGAUGAGAAGCAGACCCAGGCCGGGCAGGUCUUCGAGAACUUUGUCCAGGCUUCCACGUGCAAAGGCACCCUCCAGGCCUUCAACAUCCUCACACGACACCUGGACCUAGACCCUCUGGACCACCGGAACUUUUAUUCCAAGCUCAAGUCCAAGGUGACCACCUGGAAGGCCAAAGCCCUGUGGUACAAACUGGACAAACGUGGAUCCCAUAAGGAGUACAAGCGAGGGAAGUCUUGUAUGAACACCAAGUGUCUCAUCAUUGGAGGAGGACCAUGUGGUUUGCGCACUGCCAUUGAACUUGCCUACCUAGGGGCCAAAGUGGUUGUGGUGGAGAAGAGAGACACCUUCUCCAGGAACAAUGUGCUGCACCUCUGGCCUUUCACCAUCCAUGACCUACGGGGCCUGGGGGCCAAGAAGUUCUAUGGGAAGUUCUGCGCUGGCUCCAUUGACCACAUCAGCAUUCGUCAGUUGCAGCUGAUCCUAUUCAAAGUGGCCCUGAUGCUGGGAGUUGAAAUCCAUGUGAAUGUGGAGUUUGUAAAAGUUCUAGAACCACCUGAAGAUCAAGAAAAUCAAAAAAUCGGCUGGCGGGCAGACUUUCUCCCUGCGGACCACCCGCUGUCGGACUUUGAGUUUGAUGUCAUCAUUGGCGCUGACGGCCGCAGGAACACCCUGGAAGGGUUCAGAAGGAAAGAAUUCCGUGGGAAGUUGGCUAUUGCCAUCACCGCCAACUUCAUAAACAGAAACAGCACAGCUGAGGCCAAGGUGGAAGAGAUUAGUGGUGUGGCUUUCAUCUUCAACCAGAAAUUUUUUCAGGACCUUAAAGAAGAAACAGGGAUUGACCUCGAGAACAUUGUUUACUACAAGGACUGCACCCACUAUUUUGUCAUGACCGCCAAGAAGCAGAGCCUGCUUGACAAAGGUGUCAUCAUCAACGACUACAUCGACACAGAGAUGCUGCUGUGUGCAGAGAAUGUGAACCAGGACAACCUGCUUUCCUACGCCCGCGAGGCUGCAGAUUUCGCCACCAAUUACCAGCUGCCAUCGUUGGACUUUGCUAUGAACCAUUACGGGCAGCCCGAUGUGGCCAUGUUCGACUUCACCUCCAUGUACGCCUCGGAGAACGCGGCCCUGGUGCGCGAGCGCCAGUCACACCAGCUACUCGUGGCCCUGGUGGGCGACAGCUUGCUUGAGCCCUUUUGGCCUAUGGGCACAGGCUGUGCCCGAGGCUUCCUGGCAGCCUUUGACACAGCAUGGAUGGUGAAAAGCUGGGACCAGGGCACCCCUCCCCUGGAGCUGCUUGCUGAAAGGGAGAGUCUUUACCGGCUGUUACCUCAGACCACCCCGGAGAACAUCAACAAGAACUUUGAGCAGUACACACUGGACCCAGGGACACGGUACCCAAAUCUCAACUCCAACUGUGUCAGGCCCCAUCAGGUGAAGCAUUUGUACAUCACUAAGGAGCUGCACCAGUGCCCUCUCGAGAGGCUGGGCUCGGUGAGGAGAUCCAUGAGCCUCUCCAGGAGGGAGUUAGACAUCCGGCCCAGCAAGCUCUUAACCUGGUGCCAGCAGCAGACCGAGGGCUACCAGCAUGUCAACGUCACCGACCUGACCACAUCCUGGCGCAGCGGCCUGGCCCUGUGUGCCAUCAUCCACCGCUUCCGGCCUGAGCUGAUCAACUUUGACUCUCUGAACGAAGACGACGCUGUGGAAAACAACCAGCUGGCCUUUGACGUGGCCGAGCGUGAGUUCGGCAUCCCCCCGGUGACCACGGGCAAGGAGAUGGCAUCAGCCCAGGAGCCCGACAAGCUCAGCAUGGUCAUGUAUCUCUCCAAGUUCUACGAGCUCUUCCGGGGCACCCCGUUGAGGCCUGUGGAUUCUUGGGGCAAAAACUAUGGAGAAAACGCUGACCUCGGCUUGGCCAAAUCCUCCAUUUCUCAUAACUAUCUCAACCUCACAUUUCCAAGAAAGAGGACUCCACGAGUGGACACCCAGACUGAAGACAACGACAUGAACAAACGGAGGCGGAAGGGCUUCAACAACCUGGACGAGCCUUCAGCCUAUCCCAGACGGAGCCUGCGCUCCUGUCCAGAGGAUGGCAGCGGUAAAGAAGCUGGGAGCCAGAACAAAGUCAAGUCCAUGGCAAGUCAGCUGCUGGCCAAGUUUGAGGAGAACUCUCGGAACCCCUCACUCCUGAAGCAGGAAUGCCGUGUCUCAGGGAUAGGUAAGCCUGUCCUGCGCAUUUCCUCUGACCCACCUGUUAACUCUCGCUGCCCCAGGCCGGAGGAGCCCACACCCGGCCCAUCACCUCCUCUGAAAAGGCAGUUCCCUUCCGUGGUUGUGACGGGGCACGUGCUCCGAGAGCUAAAGCAAGUGUCUGCUGGCGGCGAGUGCCCGAGCAGGCCCUGGAGAGCCAGAGCCAAGUCUGACCUGCAGCUGGGUGGGCCAGAAAACACUGCUGCCCUGCCUCCCACCUGCCAGGGAGCGCUGGCCCUUUCCGGGGUGCUGCGGCGGCUGCAGCAAGUGGAGGACAAGAUUGUCCAGAAGAGGGCUCAGAACUUGGCCAACAGGGAAUUUCACAAAAAGAACAUUAAGGAGAAGGCGGCUCACCUUGCCUCCAUGUUUGGACACGGGGAUUUCCCGCAGAAUAAACUACUUUCUAAAGGCCUGUCUCUCACUCACCCUCCGGCUUCUCCCUCCUGCCUUCCGUCUCCCGAUCCAGCCGCUGCUUCCUCUCCAUCGACUGUUGACUCUGUUUCUCCUGCCAGAAAGGCAAAGAAGUCACCUUCAGGUUUCCAUUUCCAUCCCAGCCACUUAAGAACAGUGCGGCCUCAGCUGACGGUAGGGAAAGUGUCCAGCGGAAUAGGGGCUGCAGCUGAAGUCCUGGUCAAUCUGUACAUGAAUGAUCACAGACCUAAGACCCAGGCCACCUCUCCAGACCUGGAAUCCAUGCGCAAAGUCUUUCCCCUGAACCUGGGCGGCAGCGACACCUGCUACUUCUGCAAGAAGCGCGUGUACGUGAUGGAGCGGCUGAGCGCAGAGGGCCACUUCUUCCACCGAGAGUGUUUCCGCUGCAGCGCCUGCGCCACCACCUUGCGCCUGGCCGCCUAUGCCUUCGACGGCGACGAAGGCAAGUUUUUCUGCAAGCCUCAUUUCAUUCACUGUAAGACCAACAGUCAGCAAAGGAAGAGACGAGCAGAGUUGAAGCAACAGAGAGAGGAGGAGGGAACGUGGAAAGAGCAAGAGGCCCCUCGGCGAGACACUCCCGUGGAAAGUUCUUGCGCAGCCGCUGCCAUUGGCACUCCUGCAGGCAGCCCUCCAGUUCGUUUCAGCCUUCCAGUGCUACACCCACUUCUUGGCUGACACACUUCUGCUCUGAGGUGACUGGUUUUCUUGCCCAUUUUCAGAGAGUGGUACUAACGCCUAACCUGCUUUCCGUGCCCCGUCCUCCCCGCCGCCGUACGGGUUGUGCUAACUGUGAAUAUCCGGCAGACUAAUGGACUCAUUCCAUGGCAUGGUGGGUUGACGCUGUGGGGUGGCGUUCCGCUCAAAAGCCAUGGUUGAUUCUACUUGCCUCUGAGCCGGCAGCCCGGUCCACACCAGCUGCAUGGCCUGCCUCCCUUCGGCCCCCUGCGCGGCCUGCAUGCACGUGCCUUUCCCGUCGCGAAGCCACUUACCUUCCUGGGACGGUCACCCCCAGCUGUGAGACAGGACGCUAGAGAGGGCUCUGUUCACCUUUGGAAAGAACUUCUGUCUAGUAGCCUCUGAAAAAGUACAUGCAUGGGAGCAUGGGUUCUAGUCUAAAGAUUAUUGAUCAGAACCAUGGGUGACUCUUCUGAGAAAGAUUAAAAAAAAAAAAAAAAAAAACAAAGAAAAUGCUCCCAGGCUUGACUCAUCAUAAGCUUGACUCAUGCUUUGUCUUUUGAACACCCAAUCACAGUUUUCCUGGCAAAUCCUUUCCCUAGCGCAGCCUGUACUCUAGACACAAGGGCUUUGCUAUGGCUCUUCUUGUUCUUGGCUCAUAAAGCCCCAGAUGAUGCAGACGCUUCGGUUGGAGCAAUCGUUGUCACAGGCCGGUGAUGGCUUUGAGAUAUGACUCAGCUCAGCCCAGGCCUGGAGCAGCCAGUGUCGAUGCCCCCCAUGGCUCUGCUCAAAACACAUUUGUCCACUGACUCAUUACCUGCGGCAGCAGGAUGUUCAGAGCGCUUUUAAAGAGAAACACGGUGCCCAGUACAGUAGAACUGUUGUGGGCCAGGCCUCAGGGUCUCAGGCUGAAGGUGGCGUCUGUCCUGCAUGCGGCCCAGAGCCACGCUCACCUCUCGGCCUGUCUGCACGGCCCUGCAUGCUGCAUUGCUCACUGCACUGGGGCAGAUUCUAGCCAGUACCAAGUCAUCGCUCUUGUCUUGUCUUCUCUUGCAGAGUCUCCCUCCCUUUAGAGAAUGUCAACCAGAGAGGGCCCUCCUUCCCUCUCAGCCUUCUCUUUAGCUAGCCUCUCCCACCCCAUCUCAUCGCAACGCAUGUCUGUGACCUUUGGUAGUCAUUUACAGUGCCACAUGGAACCCCCCUGUAUUUUGCACACAGCAAACGAUGUUUAGCUUUAUUUAUGGUAUUUGAUGCUGUAAAUGAAAAUAAAUAUGGUUCUUUAUAAA